UUUUCUAUGUUCUCUGUACUAUUUAGUUCCUUUUUACGUGUAGGUAACAUGGUGAAAAUUUUUUAACGGUGGAAGAACAAGCAAGCAAAAAAAGAACUUAUAUGUACGUGUUUUAUUUUUUGCCUUCAGAUUUUACGAAGUGACUCCAACCUUAAAAAUUCAGAUGCUGAAAUUCAACAGAGAGCACUUGAGUAUCUGAAACUUAGCACUGUUGCAUCUCCAGAUGUUCUGGUAAGUUUUCAUGCUCAGUAAGUCUUGUUAACAGAUGACUUUUGCCUUCUAUCCACCCCAGAUCUUUGAACAACUUAUGCUACAAGGGACUAAAUCCUGGGGUGGGUUGCACUCCCUAUAUUAUGACCUACGCAGUGAAGGCUUCAGGUAUAUUAAAGUGUAGGGAAUUCAGGAGUUGAAGUAUAUGACAGGGUAGUAAAUGGGUAUAUGUAACUUUUUCUUUCUAUUAAAGGGUAAGGGGUUGCAUCUCAGGUGAAACCUCCCCAUAUGAUAUAAAACUCUUAGAGUAUCCACCUCUGCCCUCCCCCUCUCCAGACAAAAUCGUUGGUAAGCAGUAGUCCUAGUGAAAGGUAAUUUACCUUAGUGUUUGCAAAACGGCAAUUAUCAGACUCUUGCCUUGUGAAAUGACACAGAUGACGUUAAAAAGAACAAAACAUCAUCAUUCCCUUCAAUUUUUUUUUACUCAGGCCACAGUUCUUGAAGAAAUGCCACCUUUCCCAGAACGCGAGUCAUCCAUCUUAGCCAAGCUAAAAAAGAAGAAGAAGGAAAAGGCAGGAAUUUUGGACAAGGAAGAGAAGGCUGAACCACCAGAGAAACCAACUGCAAACGGACAGAUUCCUGUUGCUAAUGAGGUAAAGUAUUUGCUGGGUAUUUUCUUGCUUCCUGGACACAAUAAUAUCUUUGAUGGAUAAAAGGCUUUGUUUAUCGCUUGUUUGGUAACAGGUUGAUUCGCCCGAAAGUCGAUUUGCGCGAUGUUGUUUAAUGUAAGUCGAUUUUGCUGAAAUCCAACUAAAAACAACUCUGAUAAGCAGUGUUAUGGAGCGUUGUUUGUCAUAGGGCGAAUCGAUUUACAUCCAGGCAAAACAACUUUGGGUGAAUCGACUUUUGGCAAAACGACCACAAGUUGUUUGUCUCACCAUUUUGACAGAUAUUGAUCGUGACAUUUUGAUGGCGUAGGGCAGGUCUUCAUCAGGCGACAGUGUUGAAAACAUCUAAAGUUUGAGUUCGUGAAAGCCGCAUAUCCCUGUCGUGCUCCUUAAUCUGUUCAUGCAUGCACCGUCCUGUUUCACCAACAUAUGCUUUGCCGUAUUCACAAGGAAUCUACUCCAUCUUGUUUUCAUGGAUUGUCAGCAUCUUACAAAUGUGGCUGGCACUAAGUGUGAUCUUAGUGUUGUAUCGGACUUGAAAACAGAUCAUACCCCAUGCUGUGUAGGCAACGACAAAGUGGUGCAGAUGGCCCUUUUAUGUAUGGUAGAACCACUGUAGAUUUUUCUUUAUUAAAAUUAAUGCCUGCUGAGUCUUGGAUAAUAGGGGUAUCUGUUAGAGACAAGGACAGAGGAUAAAUGCUUCUUUUCCUCAGAGAUAGCAGUUGGUUCAAUGAUCGAAGGAAAAAUGUCAUCACCAAGUUGGUGAUGAUAUUUUUUUAUCAGUCAUAUAAGCACUUGACAACACUACAUUCAACUGAUUGAGGGUGUUGUGAGUCAUAAGACAGGUAUUGAUCAGUGUGAGUAGUUUUCCUGUAAAUACUUGUAGUGAGGUGUCUUCAAGAAUCUUUUAUGACCAAUGUGUCAAGGAAGGGAAUUGUGUUGUCAUUCUCAGUCUCCAUUGAUAAACGGAUGGUUGGUUGUUGAGCAUUGAGAUGCUGUAGAAAAUUUUCAACAUCAUUUCGUUUUAAGGUGGUAAAAUUGUCCUCAACAUAACAUUUCUCUUUGGUUUGGUUGGAAUGGAAAAUAGAGCUUGUUCUAUAAAGUAUAGAGUUUAGCUAUGACUGCAGAAACUGGGCCUCCCAUGGCCGUGCUAUCUUGUUGUUCGUAAAUUGCUCUAUCAUACUGAAAGUACAUGGGCCUUAAAACAAAGUUUAAAAGGUCAGCAAUCUGUGUGGUUGUUAAUGUUGUGCAGUCAGCAAGACAUGGGUCCCUUGCUAGUUUCCAUAGCGUCACUUGUACAAGACCUUCAAUUAAAGCAUUUGUAAAUAAAGAUUCUUGCAAUUUUCAGGUUCCUGCUCCCAAUCCAGCCCUACAGGCAGGUAAGAUAUUCACUUAAAUAAAUUAUGCUAAAUAAACUGAACAAUAAAUAUAAAGUUGCAUUCACUCAUCAGGGCUUUCAGGUUAAUGAGAAAAUUAUCCAGGGAUUCUACAGUUUCUUGUCGAUGGGAGUUGCAUUUAGAAUACAGAAAGGUAUAUAUUGUACACUCCCCCUCCCUCCCCCAGCAAGCUCGGAAUGACAUUUCUGCUUCACAUGUGGCCCCAGAUGACAUGUAUACCAUUCUCUAGGAAAGGGUUUGACUGCUAUAUGUGAUACUAAAGAAGUUCAUUUUAUCUCUCAUCUAAUGUGUAUGUAAAUAAAGACACACAUGAUUCUGGGAAACUGCCCACCUACCCCUCCCCAACCCAACUUUGACACGGCUCACUUAGGGCAAAGUGUUGGGUUACGGGGAGGCAGUUUAUAUUAAAGAAUCUUAUACCGAUGACCCUGUGUUUUGCAGAUCUCAUUGGCACUGCACCUUCUCCCGUGGCAAACAACAUUGCAGCUGUUGAUCCUGGAGCAGGAGGAGGUCUUCUGGUAGAUGUGUUUGACAUGCCAGCAGUACCAUCAAUAGGGGGUGGGGGCAUCCCAUCUGUCACUCCCGGUGCAGAGGAAAAUCUCAAGAAGUAAGUUUUGUGUUACUUAUGUUAAAGAACACUGAUAAUAUCAAGGCUGUCACUAAGAGCUGGGGGCUGGGGAUUUCCCUUGGCUACCAUGAGCAUGACUUCCAGCCAUUUUCAUAGGAAACAAAGGAUAACGAGACCAAAAACACUCCCUGGCUAUUCAGUUCCGGUCCUUACCUUCUAAUUACAAAUACCUGUCAACAUGAAAUCUUAGUGACAGCCCUGUAAUACGUAAACUGUGUUGCAGACACUCUAAACCUUCUGUUUUCUAGACAAUACGUGAGCCAGCUGCAACACAGGCUAUGAAAUAUGUAGCAGUUAUUGGAUGAUGCCGAGUAGGAUAUGAAGAAUUAUGAGAUCUUCAUAAUUUUUCAUAUCGUACAAAACCUGAAUCCAAGUACCCCUCUGAGUUAAGUUCCAGUCUCCAAAACAUUUGCCUGUCAUCAGCAGUUUCAGGAUGUGAUGUCAGGAUGGUAAUUCUUGUAGAAGCCCAUCAUGUAGUACUUGGCAUCCCUCGCUUAGUAUUUUCAUUUUUAUUUGCUGCGUUUUUGAGCCAAUAAUUUGGCUAUUUUGUCUUUGCAUAACACGGAAAGUCUUCCACCUUUUUACUGCCAAAACUGCUGAAUGACUGAGCUGCUUUUUUUCGGGAUAUCUAGCCCUGUACAUCCCUUUUUCACUAAUUAACAUGUUUAUUGUAAAUUAACAGCAAACUUCUUCCAAAUUUGAUCAGUGCUACAAUCGGAGAUAAACUUGUUGAGACAUUGUACUCAAAAUUAAUAGGGUAACCUCAGAGAAUAAAAGUAUCCACAUCCCUUCCCUGUCCCCUCCGUUCAAAGUUAGGUUGUGUGUUGUUUUCUGUAGGUAGCUCAAACAGCAGCACAACAUUACAUAGAGGGGAUGGGGGAGGAAAAGCUAUAUUUCCCUCGUUUGAAUUCAGUAAAACGUAUAAAAGCCCAAUUUAAGGUGAAGUGUGUCAUCUCAUUUUGUUACCGAUUGUAGCCAGCUAUGAAGAAUUAGCUUGUGGAAUUAGGUCAAUCCAAAACGGAUACCUACUGUGAAUGAAUAAUAAAUUAGUAAGUUAUUUUGCCCUUCUCUUGGACAUAAUGUACAAAAAUAAGACCUCAACCUUGCUAUACGGAAUAUACUUAUCUUGCUAUACGAAGAUGCUGUGUAGGGGUUGGGUGACUGCUCUCAUUUUGUAAGCUCCUCUUUUGGUCGACAGAUUUGUGUUCAAAAACACUGGUGUUCUAUUUGAAAACGACAUUCUCCAAGUUGGUAUAAAAUCAGAUUUCAGGGACCAAGCAGGUAAGGAAGCUUUUGUCUCUUUUUUUUUUCUUUACUUUUUCUUCCUCUAUCUUAUGUCAUCAUUGUCAUCAAAAACAACAACUUUAUGACAUAAUAGUUUUUUAAGGCCACCAUUUUGAAUACGAAUGUUUUUGGGGACCUCCCUAGAAAAGCUCAGCUGAGCUUGUACAGAUCUCCUACUAGGCUAUGUUAUAGAUGUAAUACGUUAGUAAUUAAGUGGCAAAUAAAAGAUUGAUUGAUUGAUUGAUGUUAGUAAUUUUGAUUCUUUUCAUGAUAGGAGCCAUCGGUGUAUUCUAUGGUAACAAGACAUCGUCACAGUUUGUCAAUUUCUCCUCCACUGUUCAUCUGCCUGGGGAUCUCAACACUCAUAUCCUUUUGAGAUGGUAUAUUGUCAAUGAUGAGAGAAAAUUUUAAAGAACGUUUAACAAUAAAAACUUGAUAUUUUCGACAACUGUCUGCCACUAUUAGCAAAAUGUAAUGUUUAUGUUAAAGUUUUUUCAGUGGAUAUAGAAUUAUAUUUUAUUAUGUAACCACCAAUGAAAUACCAGCUGAGGAGCUUUCGCGCAGGAACAUGAUAUCUUCACACGUGACAAUAACAUAGCAUCUUCCCACAUGAGAAGAUCACAGUUGCUAUGGUUACAUGAUAAAUCAUGCCUUUCACAGUAAAUAAUACAUUAAAAUGAAAUGGUUUGGUACUUCCUUGGUGUUGAAAUAAUAAAUACAACAUUACAUGGCAGCUUGAAGGUACAAAAUUUCUCUUGAUUUCUCGUGUUAAAAAAUAUUUCACUCUAACUCUUGAAGAGAAGAGGAAUUUCGUUUCUCCAAUCCUCAAUAUACAUGUAAGGGCCUGUUAAAUGGAAGUGGGGGACUCCAGGUAGGGGAGGUAACCCGUCUGUCCAUGUUAUCUCACAUGUUAAUUUGAUCACGUUUACAUGAUAGGUGGGGUGACCAUAUAAGAGAGUAUAUGAACAGGUGGGUGAACCCACCUACCUGGGGUCCCACAGCUCCAAGUAAACAGGCCCUAAAAUAAAUACAUUCUUGUUAUUGUAAAGUAUCCUUCCUUAAUUCAAAGUAAGUCUCCAAGUUAAUUCCAGUCCCCCUCCCAGUGUAGUAGAAGGAGGUGCCCAAGUGAAGCAGAUGGUCAAUGUAGAAGCUAUCAUGGACUUCAACGAGCGUCCACUCUUAGAUCUUCAGUUCAGGUAUCUUUUCAACAGUUCAAAGAGUCUUCAUAGCCAAUAACAUCAGAGCUUAACUGACAGACGACCAAUAAGAUCACGACUUUAUUGACCGAUCAGGUCAAUAACCAGAGUGAUACAACUGACGUGACACAACUCGCUUUGACUCGGCUGAAGAUGACUACCGCACAGGUGGUCGAAACUGUCAACAAGUUGAUGACUUUUGCAAACCCUUCACUGUUGUAAUAGCGCAAAGGAGUUUGUUAGUACGGUCAUAAAUAAGAUGGGUAACUAGAAUUCACUCAAAAAGUCUUAAUCCUAGAGAACGCAUUACUUGAUUUCGUAUUUUGAUUACCUGUUAACAUAGAAUGGAUAUUUUGUCUUGUUCUUCAGUGUGAAUGGUUUGAGCCAAAGAAUUGUUCUUCCGAUGCCACUGUUUCUAUCCAAGUUCUUCACACCAACAGAAAUGACUUCUCAAGACUUCUUUUCAAGAUGGAAACAGCUAGGAAAGUAAGUUUCGUCUGAUAGGAAGAAAAACUGGCGAUAUUACCCCGAGGCAUUAAAAAUGCCUCGACUACCUUAUACUGUCAAAUAUAAUGCUCUUGGUAGGACUGUUUUUGUUUCCAUGCUCAACCUUAAUAGCGAUUUAAAAAAACAAAGAGACAAUAUUAAUACCUGCCCCUACACCACAGCAAAACCCAUGCUAUACUUAACUCAUUUGCGGUAACAGUCUGAUAUUAUUUAGCCUGCAAAUACAGCUCCCCCUCACCUCUUAUCGCCGUUGCUAGGGUGUUUUUCGCGAGACGAGAGAGGUGGCAAUAUUGGAAGGUAGAAAUGAUUCUUUAGCAGAAUAGACUCUAUUCUAUUAUUUUUACAUAUAUGUGAAACUUAUUUGGCGAAAUUUCAUGCUGAAGGUUUCUAUACUUUUCCUUUCUAUUUUCAGCCCUGACCAAGAAUGCCAAAAGAUAUUUCAAGCUAGAUUUCCAAUUGACACAGAAACAAUUAAAACAAAGGUUUGUAGAAAGGUUUCUAGUUGUUUUGCUGCAACCGUAACAAGGCUGCAGGGUUCGCACGCACCUUGAAAAUCCUUGAAAGUCCUUGAAAAUUGCAGUAGGUACUGGAAAUAAGUCCUUGAAUUUCAAUGCUAACUCAAUAGUUUAGGAGAACUGAAAAGGAAAAGGCGCAAACACAAAGACCUCCUGAUGUGGAAGAACUAAAAAAAGACAUAGACUCAAGGCUCUUUUUUUGCACUGAACAUGGUCCUUGAAAAAUGAGAAAUGUGUCCUUCAAAGUCCUUGAAUUUUUUGUUCAAAAACGGAUACGAACCCUAUGGCUAUGUCACGUGGAUUGCUGUUUUGGUCAAUUUUGUGCUGAGGUCAUUACUUAAAGCCUUUACCCAUACAUAAAAUGCUCCUGUAGAGUUUGAAGAAAAGGUGGAUCAAUGUAGGUUUCUGGGAAACUGCCCACCUACCCCUCCCCUAAGCUAACAUUAACACUUACUUCUUACUUAGGGCAAAAUGUUAGCUCAGGGAAGGGGCAGGUGGGCAGUUUCUUAGAAACCUAAAUUGAUACGAAAAUGUCAUACAAAUUUCAACUGGGAGCACAUAACAGUUUGGGGCCGGGGGGCAGGGAGAGCCGGGGAGUGAUUUUUGUAGGCAUAGCAUUAAAAUUUGAAACAGUUGGCCGAAUUUUUUCAAUUUUUUUUCCGUCCAAGAGUUGAAUUUUCUGACAAACUGUAACUUGUGUAGCAGAGUUCGUGCGCUGGGCCAAGUUGCUGGAAAGUUGAUUAGCGUGCUUCCAGGCUUAGUUACCUUGGCUACUACCAUGCUCUAGUUUGAGCUAUCCUACUUUACAAAAUAGCUAAGGUAGUACGCGCGUUCUGAUUGGUUUAAAAACCAUGGUUUAUUGUGCCGGUAAACUCAUAGAAAACUAAACUAACUAAAACUUAUAAAAGCAAUAGACCACACUUUCUAUGGGUUUACCGGCGUGAUAACCCACUUGGGAUGUUGGGAGAACACUCGAAAAGUUCGAAAGGCUUUUCUCGUGUUCUCCCAAAAUACCGCAUAGGUUAUCACGCAGGCAAACCCAUAGAAAGUGUGGUCUAUUGCUUAAAUAAAUGCCACGGUCAAGUGGACCAGACAGACACUAAAUUCUAACGUUGCAAUUUUGGCUUAAUUUACUUGCGUAUUUUGUUUUCUCUUACAGCUUGUUGGCUUUGGAAUGUCCCUACUUCAGAAUGUAGACCCCAAUCCUGAGAAUUUUGUUUGUGCUGGAAUAAUCAAAGCACGAGGUGUUCAAAUGGGAACGCUUCUUCGGCUAGAACCCAACAGACAAGCGCAGGUAAGGAAGUUUUGUUUGAAAGUAUUCAUCAAGUCUCUAGCUUGACAAUGAACAGCCGACAUUUUGACUUUUAUUAAACGACCGCCGAAAUUCCAUACUAAUGACGUAAACCACCCAUAUCUGGAUAGUGCUUCUGAUUGGUCGUGGCGCAAGGAAAAUUUUCUUCAACCAAUCAGAAGCACUACCCAGAUCGGUUAGCGACGCGUCAUCAGUAUGGAAUUUCUGCAAUCAUUCCUCAUACGUCAUUUCGCGGGAAUCCAGUGGCGGCGUCGCGAAAUGACGGCUGUUUCUUCAGGCAAGCAAAUCUCUAACGCUAGCAUAUUACCUUUUGAAAGAAACUGCUGAUCCACAGUCAAACAGCAUCCCUUUGGAGAACAAUAUUGACCUCUUAAUGCAGGUUUUUCAUGUGAAAGGAAAGUGACACCACAAGUUACCGUGAAAUUUCGAAAAUAAGCCCCUCCAUGCAUAACCCCCUCCAAAUAUAAGCCCCCCAAACUCGUAACCCAAAAAACCCUCCGUUAAAUCGCCCCUCCAAAUAUAAGCUCCCCGGGGGACUUUUUCUUGGAAAUUGCCCUCAAAUACAAAGUAAAACAAACAAAAACGGUAAAUUUCCUUGCAACUAUAGGGCUAGCCCAAUCGAUUUUGAAACGCAAAUUUCCCUCCAUAGAUAAGCCCCUCCGAAUAUAGGCCCCUCCAAAAAUAAGCCCCUCAAAAAGGGCCUUUGAAAAAUUUAAGUCCCGGGGCUUAUGUUCGGAAUUUUACGGUACUUGAAAUGAUUCCAACAGAUUCCUGUAAGAGUAAGGGUGACCUUACUCUGCUAGAACAUAGAAACUGAUUAACAACUGCGUGGCUUAUUGAGUUGCAUACCUGGGGUGUUUCCGGAGCUUCCGCUUUUGGCACAGCUAGCCCUAACAGCGUUACGUCCUUAUGGCUUGUAAAUCCGGGCCUCCUGGCCAUAAGCCCUCAACGCAAACAAACCCAGGCACCCCUCAAACUGACUUAUCAGUGGGGUGAAGGGUGGGGGUAAAGGAUUGAUCUACGGGCUAAACGAUAUGUUCAACUUUUGCAGAUGUUCAGACUCACGCUACGGAGUUCUAGAGGUGCAGUUUCGCAAAUGCUUGGAGAGAUCUUGGAAGACCAGUUUUAAACCAGUCUUCUCUAAGGCGGAAAGCUGAGAUAGGUUACAAAUAAAAGAAUCAACAUGCAAACUGAGUAAAACCAGAUUUUUUUAUGAAACAUCUAUCACAUCUUUAUCAAGCCUCAAACAGUAAUGUGCCGUAAAGAGUUGUCGUGUCUUUAAAUUUGUUGUAUCGAACAGGUGAUGAUUGUUCUGUAAAGUUCUUGUCGUGUUAGCUUUUAUAGGUUUUGAUCUUAGCCAGUCGUGUGAAAAACAAAACUUGUUGUUUCACAGCUAUGUCUAGAACCAAUUUACUGGCGUUUGGGUCAAUGUAGCACGGGAGUCCUGUUUUCCCUAUGCUGGGUCAGCCUAGCACAGGACUGCUCUUCUUGUUGUGCUACAAGGUUACAGUGAAUUCUUCUUUCACCAGUUGGCGUAUGUUGCUUUGGCGAUAUGUAGUUCAUGUAAUAAUUAUUGUUUUUAGAACGCGCGUUGAUUUCAUGAAUGUAGAGGAUAAAUGACUCUACUACUGGUUGUAGGUAAAACAUAGCAGAAAAAUUUUAGCUUCAUUCCUGAGAUGCUUAAUAUUUACCACAUUAUUUUUCUGUUGAGCAUAGCUCGUAUGACGUAUUAUUUUCUUUAAAAAGCUGGCAUGAACAUUAAGUUUAGUGAUAUUUUUUUUCGUUUUUUUUAAUUAUAACACUACAGAAGCAUUUCUACUUAGAACGUUAUUGUUCUUUGCUGUGAACAUGUACUUGUUCUAUUUUCCAGUGCUUGACGUCUUGGCUUGGCAACUGGUUCUUGCUCGCUAUUCCACUGACUUACGAACACUAUACUUACAAAAGAGAGCGUCAAUGGGUUACCUUGAAAGCGUACAACGACAAUUUUUUGCUGUCGUAACCUCAUAAAUAACAAAAACACUAGGUCUAGGGUAUAAAAGGUUUUCGUUUUUAUUGUAUACGGUAUAAAGUCAAGUUUUGACCACAUCCUGUGAAGACUGGCAACCUACUUGGUUGAAAGUGUUUACUUUAUGGUACAUUCUAGUAACACCUUCAUUUCUAGAACGGAUGGGAGAGAACGGGAAUUACAAGUGUUGUAACUUUUGAGUCUGUGGAUGAAAUCCUAUCGUGUGACCAUUCAAUUGAAAUCUCUUUGUCAGUACUUUAACAUGGUGCUAUUUGUUUUUCAGCAUUUUGCAAAAUAAAAUUAGGAAUUUUUUGGAAUUUUUUACUUUUGCCACUUUUGGGAGUAAAAGGGUUUACAGACUUAGUCUGCUUUUUGCUGCUUACUAACUGAGAGGGCGUUUUGAAACUGUUAUUAAACUGACCAGAGGUACAGUGUAUACCCCAUUGACAUCCUCACGGAAGUGGUACGUAACCAGGAGCCCAGUGUAAGGCAGAAUUUGCAAGCCAGGGUCGUAGUCUUGGCCAAGACGUUACAACACUACAAAACCGCUAUCUCGAAAUGUGCAUAUUAAACCUAUUUCUUUUCUCUCGUUGAUGUCGCCGUCGGAUCUUAAGGUCCCUAUAAAACUUAAAUUGUUUUUUUUGUUUUUGGACUUGAACAAUCAGUCAUCACACUGACAAAUGGAUGAGUUCAUGAAGAUGAAUUGGUCAGACCUGGAGCAUGUAUAACUGAAGGCAACUUAUGUUUGCUGAGGUGAUGCUGUUUUAACGCUAAGAAAUAUCUAUGAUGGGAUUGAAACAAUUAAUCAGCAGUUGUCAAAAUUGUGGUAUUUUAUUUUACCAUUGAUAGUUUAACAGACGCGAGAUGUAAUACCUUGCAUAAUAUACCUAGGAAUUUUAUAUAGAAAAGAGAAAAACGAACCAAAAAAAACUUGUAACGUGUAACGAACGUAGAGUAGGAGUC